AUGAAUAACUUUGGAGUCAUCGAGAUCGCCAGCACCACAACCAAAAACACUCCAGGAUGGGCCUACGUACCGGACACAGGGCCCACGCUGUCAGCAGCGCUGCAGCCUACAAACCGAAAACGCGCCGCGCGCAAUCUGCCAGCUCUCAGCUUGUCUGAUCUUUCAGCACGCGAGGAGACGAGGAUACGGAAAGAUCUGGAAGCUCUUGACCGUGACAACCACCGUGAUGUUCAUAUCCCAAUUCCCCCGCGGCCGGGAGGCAGCAGAGCCCAGAACAAGCACACCCCAAACGUGCGCAGGAUCCUACAGUCGCAAAAGACCUUCGCCAACCAUCUCGAUGACUACCAAGCCAUGCUCGCAUUGGCGGAGAGCAACCCCACCGCUGCAGCCGCCAUGACCGCGACUCAGACGAAACCGUCCACCCCGACAGUUGCUGCCUCGAAGAGCGCGUCCCCAGCACCCACAGCAGCUCCCGCCGCGGCGGGGAGCAAACGGUCAGCAGCAGCUGCGAAACGAGCUGCGGCAAGGGAAAAGGAGGAACAGGAAAAGAAGAAGGCGCGGCAAACACCCAAGCAAGAGCCCGAGCCAGAACCCGAGCCCGAGCCCAAACCGCAACAACCCCAGCAAGACACCGACGUCGAAAUGUCCGAUGCACCCUCAACCAGCCAACCCGCCCCGACCUCCGAGGAGACCCCCCAAAACUCACAGACCUACCCCCGCGAGAGCCUCAUCCUCCCCCCCUACGCCAAGCCGCCACCACAGCCACACCCCGGAGACGCCGACCCACUGCUGGUCUCAUACGUCCCGCCCUUUCCCUCGGACGAUGAGCUCAGGGCGCUCAUGACGGCGCCGCCGCUGAGUUAUCUCGAGGCUCGUGCCACAUGGAGCGAGGACGAGCGGCGCUACCCCGUGCGCGUCUUCUGCACCGUGUGCGGGUACUGGGGCCGGGUCAAGUGCAUGAAGUGUGGCACGCGCGUGUGCGCGCUCGAUUGUCUCGAGACGCACCGUGAGGAGUGUGUGACGAGGUAUGGGCUGUAA